AUGACUUGCUCCCCUAAUCAACGAGACUUUAUUCGCGUAACUGAAAAUAAAACCACAACAGAGGGAAACCAAGUCGUUGCUUUGGAUUACUAUUCGACAAAUCACUACUUAAGUGGAGUCUACAACUCUUGCAUGGAAGUUCAAAUGCCAUCAACGUCAGGCAAAGUCGUUCCCACUGUGAUGUGCUCCAAGAAGCCAAAUAACGAAACAUGCAAUGUUACCUAUUUCCUCCAAACUAUUGGCGCAAAGGGCACAUCGCCAAUGGCAAUCAAUUUCUUGCAAGACGGUGCUCCAGCUGAUAGCUCCAUUGUGCCCAACAAUAACACCGUCUACAAGUGCUCGCAGGCUGUGAAAAACUUCCAGAACAUUCCUUGCAGUUGCAUCGACUGCACGGCUGGCUGUCCCACACCGAUACCGCUGCCUGUUGACCCUACCAUUUGGAAGUUGUUUGGAAUUGAUGGCAUGGCUGUCCUAAUGACCGUAGUGUAUCUUCUCAUUUUCCUCGCAAGUGUCGCCUCAUUUGUUUGGUACUACAGACGCUUUAGCCAAGAGGAAGAUGGAUUUUUGCAUACACCGCCUGAGCAGGAGGAGCAGCAACAGCAGCAGACGCAGAACAAAGUGGACCGUGCGCGAAUUGCAACGGAGACAGCCAAUGAAAAUUUUCUCGGCCAACUAUUCGGUGCAUACGGGGCAAUUUGCGCCAGGGCGCCGUAUUCCUUUCUCCUGCCACUGAUUGGUCUCACCCUGGCCAUUGGACUGUCUACUGGAGUGCGCUUCUUUGACCCCAUCACCGACCCCAUAUCCCUCUGGUCGACGCCCACUAGUCGAGCGCGUGUCGAGAAGGACUACUUUGACAACAACUUUGGUCCGUUCUUUCGCCCGGAGACAAUAGUGAUCACUCCUACGUACCUUGAGAACGUCGAACACAACGGAAAGGCGUACGGUCCGGUUUUCAAUCAGACAUUUUUGCUUGCUGUUCUAAAGUUGCAAUCAAAAAUUAUGAGCAUUUCAUUCAAUGGAACGGUGGCUGGAAGCAAUGACACGCGCAUCAUUCACACUGAAGACCUGUGCUUCUCUCCCAUGAACAACCACAUUUGCAUGGUGCAAUCGGCCAUGGGCUGGUUCAACAACUCUGCCGAGUGGAUUAAUCGUACUGAUUACCUGGAUCACAUGUUGAACUGCAUCGCAAACCCGACCAGCUUUAAUGACAGUCUAAAUCUGCGCUGCAUGGCACCUUACGGUGGCCCAGUCUUUCCACACAUUGCGCUAGGAGACUUUGAUGGGAAGAAUUACACUGAAGCUAAAGCAUUGGUCUUCACUGUAACGCUGAACAAUGCCAUCAAGGAAGCGGACAAUGCUAAUGCACUUCGUUGGGAGUAUGAGUACCUUAACUUGCUCAAAAGCUAUUCGGAUUCGUCAUUUUCACUCGCUUUCUACGCUGAGCGGUCCAUUUCUGACGAGUUGACUCGACUGUCCAAGUCGAACAUUGCUACGGUGGCCAUUAGCUACUGUGUCAUGUUUUUCUACGUCACCAUCUCAUUGGGCGAUUUCUCUAAAAAUUGGCGCCGUUUCCUGAUUGAUUCAAAGAUUAUGCUCGGUCUGUGCGGAGUCAUCAUUGUGCUGUUGUCUGUUCUUGCUUCUAUUGGCCUACUAAGCUACCUCGGCGUCAAAUCGACGUUGAUCAUUGUCGAGGUGAUACCCUUUCUGGUUCUGGCCGUCGGUGUGGACAACAUUUUCAUCCUCGUCCAGCAUUUUGGACGCAUCAGGCUGGAAAAAGAGGAGCAUGAAGCAUUGUCGUAUGAUGAAGCCUUACAGGUGCGAAUGCGCCGACUAAUGACCUACGUUACGCCGUCCAUUUUGUUGGCUGCCUGUGCAGAGUCCUCGUGCUUCUUCCUCGGAGCCAUAACGCCUAUGCCUGCUGUGCAUCGUUCGAGUUGCUCGUCAUGUGCAGAUGGCAGUCUUAUUGGUCCUGGUAGUAGCAUAUUUAUCGAUCCAACAUAUUUUUACUAUCCUUAUCUGGAGUUUUUCUUGCAUGACAAUCCAACUGUCAAAUGUAGUAAAGGUGGCGGACCAAGUUAUUUACACGCCAUAAACAUGCCAAANCCCGCCUGUGUACUUUCAUGUGACCCACGAUCUGCUAUUGAAAUUCUCUCUGAAGCAUCUAGUAACUCAAAGAUCAGCUACCUAGCUGAGAGCACUCCAAACAGCUGGCUAGAUGAUUACCUCGCUUGGGCUUCUUCUGAGGAAUGCUGUCAAACCUUCCCUAAUGGUACCUUCUGUCCUUCAACUAUUUCAAAUCGUUCGAGUUGCUCGUCAUGUGCAGAUGGCAGUCUUAUUGGUCCUGGUAGUAGCAUAUUUAUCGAUCCAACAUAUUUUUACUAUCCUUAUCUGGAGUUUUUCUUGCAUGACAAUCCAACUGUCAAAUGUAGUAAAGGUGGCGGACCAAGUUAUUUACACGCCAUAAACAUGCCAAACGCUUCAGCUCCAGAGCCGAUAGUUGGUAAGUCUGAUUCGCCAAGCUUAAAUCAACUUUUAAUUCUGAUCCAUCACUUUGCCUUCAUACAGCCACUUACUACAUGA